AUGGUGACCCAAGGUGCCAACGCAAACAAGCACCGCUUAAAGGUAACGGCAGGUGCAGAUUACAACCCCAAAACGCAUCAUCAAGUGGUACCUGUAAAUGGCGAGACGGUGCGAAUUGAGAACGAACACGCUAUUGUGAGUCUCUGCGUACGGAUUAAAGAUUAUACAGGCUAUCCCGAAAAUUCACCAUCCACAUGUCCAUAUUUCGACCAUCCUCUGCAUAAGAGAGACCUAUAUUCUAUAUGCUUCUCAAUCAUUUUCAAAGAGCCGGUGAACGGCAACAAUCUCUUCUUUGGCAAUGACUUUGAUCAUCCAAUUCGUGACAUCCUACCCCCAGGAUUCAACGCAGCACUACGGAUAGUCAAGUGGACGCUUGACCCUAGCCUAGACGGCGAUGUCUACGCUGAUGAGCCGUAUCUGUACAGCCCGGCAUUGGCCUCGUGGGACCAGUUCCGUAUUGGAGAUAAGAUGCAGAAAACAGACGAAGUGCCAACGCUCCAUGAUGAGAUUAUUGAAGAAGGCUCUUAUAGUGAAGCUGCUGCCGAUGUGCGUCGGCAAUUUAAUAUCCCUGAUACAGUCGAGGAGCGCAGAAAGCAUUUCCAGGAUGAGGCAAAUAGGAAGGAUUUCAACUUUGAGCCUGGGAGGAUGUAUUCUGUUGAUUUUGGCAAUCCUUAUUUGGCAUUUAAUGAUUUCUCUGUCCGCCUCCCUGGAUUCACUUUGCCCAUUAUGAAGUAUGUGGAUGAGAAUAACCAUGAGUUGCGAUACACGCUCAAGGAAGUCUCAACCGGACGGGUGUAUCUUGCUGUGGUGUUCUCGGUGGUCCUGUGCGAAACGGAAGACAAGAAGGACGACACCAAGAGCGAGCAACGCGACGAGAGUCUUGGGAAGUUUGAUUGGGAGGCGGAGCCAUCGUCUGGCGAUGUUGAGUGA